GCGGAGGCUGCGCUGAAGGCCAAGCACGGGCGCCCGCCUACAGCGGUGGAGCUGCAGGCAGCGCUGUCGCCGCAGGACGACGAGGAGUUCGCGGCAGCGCUGGCCCGAGCCAAAUUUCUCAGUCAGCAGGAGCAGGAAGACGACAGGCGG